AUGCCUAAUGAGGGGUCUUGCGGUAAGUUGACCCUGUUCUGCCGUAAAGAUGAAAAAUAUUACGCGUUAACUUGUUGCCACGUUGGUUUGGGACUUCAUGUGAAGAGGAAUGAUGACCUUCUUGCGAUUCAAGAUGAAAUUAGUAAAAACAAAGAAAGCAUUCAGCGUUUAUUGUAUGAAAAUAAAUAUACUUUCUCGGAUAAUAACAGCGUGGUUGGUCAUUUUUCUGACUUCUUUUAUGGUCCUGAAAUUGAUAUCAUGUCUAUCAUUGUUGGCAAUGAAGAAGAUUUUCCGAAACAUGUUGGUGAUGAAUUGGAAGAUGUUAACUCAAACUUUGAUGACGUAUUUAGCAAAAUUCACGGAAAGCUAUGCCAAGGGGAAUCUGUGAAAGUUCGCACAGCCACUGGUAAUGAGGGCUACUUGUGUGACCUUAAGUAUUCAGUUUUUGUUGAAAGACAUGUGAUUUUGCGUAAUGUUAUCAAGAUAAAAUUUGAUGAGUCAUUUCUUCAGUACGCUGGUGUUCUUGUUUAUUUUUUGGAUGAAAAAAAUAAUUGGCAACCGUUUGCGUAUGGAAUUGCAGAAAUAGCUGACUGUGACGGAGAGACCAUAGAGAAAUAUUAUAUCUGCUUGAGAUUAAACAUUGCCUUAAAAGCACUCGGCCUUCAGGGUGGUCAGUUUUUUAAACCGAGGAACGAUGGCGACACUCUAUCCGUUGGUGAUAAACACAUCGACGAUGACACUGCAUUGAACAACACCAACCGUGACGACAAUGGUCGAACUGCCUCUUAUAAAGAGAAAGCUGACGAGAGAACAUAUCAGGAACAUGAACGAGAGACAUACACUUAUUCAAGCCCACUUGAAAUUGCUGAGAAAACGGACUACAAAAUACUCAAUCUAAAGUUUCUAGCCCAGAUACACGUCAAUGAAUAUCACAAAUUUGUUGGGAAGUCGCAAAAAUGGAAUUGCGUUGACGAAUCAGUGAUGCAUCGCGAAAAGUUUGAAAUGAUGCAAAAACAUUGGCUUGAACAUCCAGGUGAUAUUAGAAUUAAAGGCGAUGUACGUGUGAUUUUUAUGAAAAAGUUUUUGAUUGGCGAAGAAAGUGGUGGAACCUGUGUUUAUCUUGGUUUGGGAAAAGAUGGUUAUGGAAAAGCUGUUAAACGAAUCCUUAAUGAUAGCUGUAUCCAUAUUGCUCUACGAGAAAAGAAUGUUUUGUAUGAGCCAAACGCAAAGAAGUCGAAGCAUGUUGUAAUGUAUUGGAACUUUGUAGAAGAGGAAGGGGAACAAUUUGUCUAUUUGAUAUUAGACUUGUGCGAACAAACUUUGGCAAGUUUUGUUGAGUCUACUAGCUUAGAUAAACUUCACGAAGCCCUUCCCGAAAUCCUUAGACAAAUUUUAAAUGGAUUAUCUGAUCUUCAUAGUGGCCCAAGUUCUAUUCUUCAUCGAGAUUUAAAGCCUUCUAAUGUUCUCCAAGACGUGGAAGGCAAAUUUAUGAUAGCUGACUUUGGUAUUAGUCGAAUUUUGGAGAGUGACUGUAACACACAUAUAAGCGAUGCUAAUCGGGGAACUCAGUAUUAGAUUGCACCUGAAUCCUUGAUUGAUGGUCGUUACAAGAAAGACUCUGAUAUAAUGGUAGAUAUGUUCGUUAAAAAAUAUAUAGCUAUUGUUCAGUUCUGCAAAUAACGAUGAAACUCAAAUUUUUAGAAUUUCAGUAUCUACAGUUGAUGUUGUGACUAUUUAUGGGUUUUUUAUGAAUAUUAGAGUGCAGGAAUGGUGGCUUAUUAUGUUGCAACAAAAGGGGAACAUGCUUUUGGAACUAAAGAGA